GCAUAAUAACCUUGUGCUAGAUAAAAGUGAUUUAUUUAUAACUUGUGAGACUGGUGUUGCAAUUUCAAUUAUGGUGAAAAUGUGGACAACGGUACUGUGCACUUUGAUUUAUCUGGUGAGCUCAGUUAUUACGAGCCAUGAUUUCGAAAAGGUUCUAGAAGAGAGAAACUAUCUCAUACAAAAAGGGCUCGACCUUAUGUUGGGCAGUGAAAUCGUUUUAAGUGACAACGAAGAAAAGGCAAAUAAAAUAAUAAUGGAGCUAAAGGAAAAAGAAAUUGACUAUGGAUUUGUAAACCCUCAAUAUUAUAAUUUUUCAAACCACUUUUUCGAAUAUAAAGAACAAGUGAAGAAAUCGGAGCUUUUUAAAAUAAUCCAGAAAAUGCCUAAGGGCGCUGUACUUCACGCUCACGACACAGGCAUUUUGAGUCCUGAUUAUGUCGUAUCACUAACAUACUUGGAUAAUUUGUUUGUGUGCUUUGAGGAAAACAAUAUCCAAUUUUUGUUUUCCUUGGAAACCCCAACUUCUCCAUGUAAUACAGCAUGGCAAUUAAUGAGAGACGCUCGGUACUCAUCAGGCAACGUAGAAAAAUUUGAUGCUAAUCUUAAAAAACAUUUCUCUAUAGUUAUCGACAACCCACACGAAGUCUAUACAAAUGUCAACGCUGUUUGGUCAGAGUUCCAACAAUACUUUAUUGCAACAACAGGCCUUUUCACUUAUAAGCCAGUUUGGGAAAAGUACUUUUACGAUUCCCUACUGGCAUUCAGAGAAGACAACGUCAUGUAUGUGGAAAUGCGAAGUGUACUCCCUGAUCUGUAUGAUUUAUAUGGGAACGAGUAUGAUAUACUGGACACAGCUGCAUCAUACAAAAAAGUAAGCGAAGAAUUUGUGAAAGAUUAUCCCGAUUUCUUUGGGGCCAAGCUGAUUUACGCUCCUUUGAGAGCUGUGGAUAUUGAAACUGUCAAGGAAUAUAUCAGCAUUGCAAGGAAAUUGAAAGAAAACUUUCCUGACUUUUUUGCAGGAUUUGAUUUGGUUGGACAGGAAGACUUAGGAUCGCCUAUUAAAGAUUUUUUGGAAGUUCUUUAUGAAACUGGAGACGACUUAAAUUACUUCUUCCACGCAGGAGAAACUAAUUGGCAUGGAAUGACUACUGAUGAAAAUUUAGUGGACGCAAUAGUUCUUAACACUCGGCGUAUAGGUCAUGGAUAUGCAAUCAUAAAGCACCCUCUACUGAUUGAGGAGGUAAAGAAAAGAAAUAUAGCGUUAGAGGUGAAUGUUAUAUCGAAUGCCGUUUUAGAAUUAGUUGGUGAUAUUAGAAACCAUCCUUUAGCUGCGUUUCUAGCUACCAAUUUACCAGUAGUGAUUUCUAGUGAUGAUCCGGGUGUAUGGGAGUCUGAACCACUGACUCAUGAUUUUUAUGUCACGUUUGUGGGUGUUGCUAGUCGUCGUGCUGAUUUGCGACUCCUUAAGAAAUUGGCUCUUAAUUCUUUAUAUUAUAGUGAGUAUUCUAAUAAAGAUCAAAUUGUACACGAAUUCGAGAUCAAGUGGACACGAUUCAUAGAAUCGAUUGUUAAAACUCAAUGGUAAACUUUCCUCGCUAUUAUACGUGUUACUGUUCUUGAUGCAUUGUAUACCUACAAACAUGAAGUAUAGAUGUACAUGCAUAGAUAUAUGUACGUGUACCAAUAUACGGCACUGAAGGCCUUGACGCCUUUGCUAAACUAGGAAACAAACAAGUACCGGCAAACUUUCCAAAAUACUCUUUACUCCGUUGUAUUCGUGUGUACUUUCGCGGUACUUUCGCAGAUCUCAUCUGUCCUCUCAUUCACCCUUCUUAUUUGAAAUUUUGAGUAAGUAAUCACUAAAGCCUCCAGAAACUGUCUUGAGGUCACUAUUUUUAACUCCUCUUCGUCCAAUAGUGUGGACAUAUGGAUAUACUUAUUUUAACACGAGUCUGUCAAUGCCGUGUGUUUUAUGUUAUAAGAAAUGGACCUUUACCUUAAUUAUUUAUUUUUAGAAAUAUUUUUAUGCCUGUUUG